UAUAAGUUUUUUCUACUAGAUGACGCGAUGUAAAAAGCAAGAGAAACAUUUUUGUGUUCAGAAUAUAAAAUAAUCUUCUAUUUGAUUUUUUAUAUUAAUUAUAGUUUGCGAUUAAGAAAAUUUAACAUUUUUCUCGCUGAAUAACAUGUAUAUAAAUAUUUACCUGUGAUUUUGUGGUAUAAAUUAUUAUCAAUAAAUGAAUAUAUAUGAUCAAGAAAACCAUAAUAAUUUGACGAAAAAACAUAACCUAUACUCGAUGUUUUUGUAUUAUAUUUGUCUAUAAAAUUUCUUGUAAAAAUGGAAAAUUCAAUCAUGGAAAAAAAACUUAUUCCAGAUAAUGAAGUAAAAAUUCUGGAACCUAUAUUAGUGAGAUUAAAUAAGAAUGAGUUUACAUCACCUGAUAUUCAUAUCGAUAAAUCUGUGUUUAAAAUAGGAAGAGGAAAAGAUAAUGAUGAAAUUAUAUUAGAUACAUCAAUUUCUAGAAAACAUUGUAUUAUAAGAUAUGAAGGGAAUGGCGAAUGGGCUAUCAAGGAUUCGAGUUCUAGUUAUACAUUUGUUAAUGAUGUUGUUCUUGAAUCAGGAAGCAAACGCAAACUUUCAGUUGGAGAUAUUGUUCAGCUUAGUACAAAUAGCGAUUAUAAAUAUGUGUUUACUCUUAACCUUACGAAAGAAAGUAGUUCUAAAAAACAGAAACUUGACGAAGAAUUAUUUAACAAUGUUUUGAUGGAACAGAAAACACUUGAUGAAAAUCGAGAAAGUCAAAAGAAACAUUUACAAGAUAGAUUAGAAAAUAAGCAAAAGCAACAAUUAGAGAUAAAGCAAAAAUUUAAUGAUUUUUUAGAGCAAUGGGAUAUAGUAUCAGAUGAUAAAGAACGUUUAAAGGAUCAGAUUGUAAAAUUAGAAAAUAAAAUAGCAGCCAAUAACAACCAAGAAAAACAUUUACAAAGUAUGUACUCUGAAUUACUAAAAAAAUUAGAAAAUGAACAAAUUCUGUUUGAAGCACGUUUAAAUGAAGAGAGACAAAAGUGGCAAAAGGCACUAGAUAUAAGUAAACAAGAAAAAGAAUUGAUGGAAGUUAAAAUGAAAGAACAAAUGGAAAAGUGGAAAGAAGAACAAACAGAAUGGAAGAAUAAAAUGAAAGACAGAAUAAAAAAAGAAAAAACCAUUCAAGCGCGAUUGUUAACUGAAAAAAUUCAAUUAGAAGAAAAGCUUAAAGAAACUACAAAAGCUUUAAAAGAUGAACAAAUAAAAUCAGAAUCCCUAGGAUCAGAAAAUGAACCUGGAACUAGCAUGUUUACGGAAGAUAGCUGUGUAUUACUUAAAGUUGUGGAUACUUCUAAAGUGUGCAUCAUAGAUACUAUAGAUUUAACAGAAAAUAAUGAAGACUACAGCCUAACAUCCAAAGAUGUGAUGAACAAAGUUAGUACUAUAAUGGAUGAACAAUUGACAUGUAGUGUAUGCUCUGAAUUAUUUAUAAAUGCAACAACUUUAAAUUGCAUGCAUACAUUUUGUCUUCAUUGCAUUAACGUAUGGAAUAAGAAACGCAGAGAAUGCCCAAUUUGUCGAGUUUUUGUUACAUCUAUGAACAGAUCUUUAGUUCUAGAUAAUUUUAUUGAAAAGAUGUUAGACAGUUUGCCUACGCAUAUGAAAGAUAAGAGAGCUGAAAUUGUAAAAGAGCGUAAAGUUUUAGAAAAGAUGAAAAAAGGCCGUAUAAAAUAGGAAGUAGAAGGAGGUGUAAAACUUUGAAAUAUAUAUAUACUGGAUAGUCAAGUAUGAAAUUUGUAAAAGAACAAAGUUGUCAAUAAGACUCACUACAAAUUUUGUACUUGCCAACUGUUAUACGGGGUUAUAUAUUUUAUAAAUAUUGAAUAUAAUUUCUUUAUUUAAUAAUUAUUUACUUGUAGAAAAAGACAAAAAGAAAGAGUUUAAUUUUGUUAUAAAUUGUUGUUUAAUAGAACAGUGAUAAUUACAGUUUAUUUGAUAAAUAUACAAAACCUUUAUAAGAAAAUAUUAUGAAAAUGAUUUUGUAUUGAUACCUGGAGAUAGAAAGAAGAAAAGAAAAAACAUUAA